CAGCAUUAGGAAUAAAUAUAAAAUUAACCUCCGCGGUUUAAGCAGAACACGAGAGGAGCGCAGCACAGAGCAGAGCCUCCUUGUGUUUGCGUGAAAGCUGGAUUAAAAACCUCAGGUCUCCAGAGUCCACCGCCCUGGUGAGGACUUGUUGAGGGGGUGGGGAGGGGAGGCUGGACGCGGACAUGUCUCCUGGAUGCAGGCGUCUCCUCAUCAUCACAUCAUCCUCCUUUUGAGAAAUAAAUGAGUCAACAUGGCCGCGGAUCUGCAAGCCCCGAAAAACCUCUGAGACACAGAACAACACAAGACACAGAAUAAAUGGCGUUCAUGUCCCGGUUCUCCCGGUCCCGGAGCAGCUCCAGGUCCCCGAGCAGGAAGGACUCGGAGCGCGCCUCCCCGAACCUGUCGGUGUCCGAGCUGGAGAGGCUCCUGUGCACCGGCAAGACGGCCUGCAACCAUGCGGACGAAGUGUGGCCCCGACUCUACAUCGGAGACCAGGACAUCGCGUCCGAUCGCCGUGAACUCGCCAAACUCGGCAUCACACACAUCCUCAACUGCGCUCAGAGCAAGUGGCGCGGAGGCGCCGAGCACUACGCCGGCAUGAACAUCACCUACCACGGCAUCGAGGCCCACGACUCGCCCACCUUCGACAUGAGCGUCAACUUCUACCCAGCAGCAGAGUUCAUCCACAAAGCGCUCAGCAGCGGAGGUAAGGUGCUGGUCCACUGCACCGUGGGCGUGAGCCGCUCGGCCACGCUGGUGCUGGCCUACCUGAUGAUCCGGCAGAACCUGACGCUGGUGGAGGCCAUCAAAACCGUCAAGGACCACCGGGGCGUCACCCCCAACCGGGGCUUCCUCCGCCAGCUCAACGGCCUCGACGGCAUCCUGAGAGAGAGUCGCAAGACGUCACCGCAGAGCUGAAAAAAAAAGAGAAACGAUGGAGAUACUGGGAUAGUAAGAGAGUCAGAGGGUUUAACUGAUUUAAUUAAUUUGCUUUAUUUGAUCUGUUCAGUCCUUUAGACUUUAAACUGCAUGAGCACCGCGUAGUAAACGAAGGCUGGUGCUAGCUAUGAAUCUGAUGUAACAAUCUGCAGCUGAGAAACAGGUCAAAACGUCUCAAAAACAAUCAAACAUCUUGUGAUACAAAGUUUAGAAGUUUAAACACUUUGGUUUAGACGAUGACUUCUUAAAAUCUCUUUACUUUAAGGUCCAGUGUGUAAGAUCUAGUGCCACCUAGUGGUGAGGAUGCAGACUACGACCAACUGAAUGCAGUCCUACACACUGGACCUUUAACGUCCUCAUAUCAGUCUCUUUCUUAUAAAUCUUUUUUAACGAAACUUCAGAGCAUUCCACUGCUGCUUAAUAAGACCGACGUCUACCGGAAAAGUAGAAAAUAUGUCUCAAGUCUCUGCACUAGCAUCUUAUAUUCUGAUCUGUUGGAAAAGGAUGAAAAAGUUAUUUUCAUUUAUUGUCAUCUAAUAAGAUUUAGACGGUUUUGCCGCUGCAACUAACGAGGACUGACGUUAAUGAUUAACCUGUUUAGUUCCAACCCAGCUACUGAGGUUUUUCUUAUUCAGCUGGGAUCGAUGCUAGCUCGAUGCUAGCUCGAUGCUAGCGUUCCCAUCAGGAACGACGCCAUUCCUGAUGACCACAAGGUCCUUUCUGGCUUUUUUAAAAUCGAUGUGGAGGAUAAACAAAAACCCUCUCCCCCGGUCAUUUGAGUCGUAGCAGGUCUUCCCUCGACUUCUUACCUUCAUCAAGUGCCCUGAACAACUCAUUCUCGUAGUUGUAGCCCAGGUUUAAACCAGCACAGCUAUGUAGCCGACGGUAUUUACAGUAUUACAUCUGCAGCAGCAACGUGCAGAGUUAAGUGUUGGUUCAGGUCCAGUGUAUUUUCAGAUUGGAUAUCUUGUGUAAUUUCAUUGAGUAGAGACCCAACAGAACCUCUUCCAGUCUGGUGCAUCACUUUCACCUUCCCACUGACUGUUACAGAGUAGGUUUAAUAAGCCAGCACUGGAGAGCAGACGUGCAGCGUAAGUGCUGCAAGCGUCCCACUGCGAAAGCUACCAACUGCCCGGACGACUGGAGGAGCUCAGUGCUUCAGAAAAAACAACCGAUGCUGAAUUUUAAACCAGCUUUCCUCCUAAUGCCCUUCUUGAUUCAUGUUAUUAAUGAUUACCUCAAGUAUCAUGUUUAAAAAUGCAUUUGUUUGUGGUCUUUUGUCUGUGCUGUGUUAACGCCAUCGUGAUGAACACAGAUGAGCAACUUUGCUCAACUGAUAAAAAAUGUACAUAAAAAAAAAAAACUAAGGAUCUGAGGAGGUUUAAAAGAUUUGAAAAUAUUCUUAUUUGCUUUCCAGACCAGUGUUAAAUGAUAAGAUGCUGCCACUCUCAUGUCUACUCUGACCCUUUAUUACCCUUUUACACCAUCUGGAAAGUUUGUUUCCACUUUUUUGAAAAUGGCCGCUAAAAAAACAAGAUGUCUCGAGUUAUUUCCAGUGUUUUUGUGAGAACAAAGAGCAAAGGAAAUGGAUGACGUGUGAUUAAUAUCAAAGUUUGCAGCUUUAAAGCGAUAAACUUGGUGAUACUUACAUCCGCCAUCUUUCCAUGUAGCCUCUAUGACGUCAGCAACUUCACUUAAACCAAACAUUUUACUGAUUACUUCCUGAGAUCGUUCAUGUGACCCUUAGCGUAGCUUAGCUUAGCUUGAACAGGGCUAAAACUAGCACAGCUCUGCCAAAAAAUUAAAUGCAAAAAGACUAAUUUUUUGGGUUUUUACGUAUCUUGUAAAUCAACAUAUCUUGCUAACAAACUGAGGAUGAAGCAAACCGAGGUAUAAAUAGCAUCAGUGGAUGUAGCCUAUAAGUUAUUAAUGAAGGGUUUUGUAAUGCAACCCAACACUUAAAUGUAGCGAGCUAAUGCUCUUUGGCUUGUCAGGUCAUAAGCUAUAUGUCUAGAUGUGGUUCCUAAGCUUUGACUGAACAGUGGCUAGAGUUAGCGAAACUAGCUGCUACUUAAGCUAAGCUAACGGCCUCCCAGAGUCCAUUAGCGCCCAGACAUGAGAGUGGUGUUGAUCUUCUUAUCUCACUCUUGGCAAGAAAACCUGAGUAUUUUACAAAAUAUCAAGUUAUUAAUACAAUGUGUGUUUGAAUUGUGACUUUGGAAAGCGAGGCAUUGCAGCAACAAUCUGGACGCAACUAGUGUUUUUUAAACUUUGAAUCAUAGCUGGCUUCUUGGGGACCAAUGGACAACCCAAUGGGCCAUGUCUUACACCCGCUGUUUAUCCCGUGGACUGUUUUUAAAGAUGGACGACCAAUUGCCACCUCGUCCCGCUGUGGCUAAAGUGUUAAAUUAAAAUGUUUGCACAGUAAUAACCGAGGGGUGGAGAUGUACUGUUGAGGUCAUGCCCUUCAUACUCAAGUCAAACCACCUGGCUGGGGCUUUCGAUCUGCAUCCCAACCCACCACCAGGGGGCAGACAUCCUAGCGUCAUUCCAGGCCAGUUUAUAGGUCAUCCAUCUUCUUGAACAGUCUAUCGGCUUCCCUAAGCUUAUGAAGACAUGUUGAAAUUAUACACUGAACAUGUUUUUAAAGCAAUCAGACUUUGUAAAUGCUAACUACUAAUUGACGACCUUUGCCCCCACAGUGCUAAUAUCGGAGUGAAUCAACAUCAGAAAAAAAUGUAUUUAUCCCUGAGGGACAAUAAGGAAUGUUGUUGUUUAAGCUAGCUUGGUAAUUACAUGAAUUCACUUACAAUCUCACAAAAGUUUAGAAAACAAAAACGUCUUUGAAAAUGUAUACUUGAUGUGUACUUUAGUGUUUUAAUUUGGCCCAAGUCCCACCUACUAACAUGGAGGGGGGGGCGUGGCUUAUGUGACAUAUACAGCAGCCAGCCACCAGGGGGAGCUCUACUUGCUUUGGCGUCACUUUAAAGGAGCUGUCAUGGCGUCCGCUUGUUUUACAGUCUAUGUAGCUUGUAAGUAAACUUGUGAAAGGCUGCGACGCUGCUCCUCAAGUCCAGAAUCAGAUCGUCACAAAAAUCCUCGUUGCUGCAUUUUGUGUCGGUGAUAAAAUCACAAUGACCUGCCUUUCUUCAGACGCUUUCCUCAGUCCGCUGUGUAAAAACACAGAGAAAGUAUUAAUGAAACUAAAUGUGUGGAUAAUCUCCGGCCUGUCUGACCGUUACGAUCUUUACCUUUGCCGUGUUGGAUCUGUAUGUUUUGUAUUUGUGGUUUUACUGUGCCGUGAUUGGUGUCAGUCUCGAUUGCCGUUUAUAUUCUUGUAACCUGUUUGUUUUCUUACAGAGGCAUUUCUAUAAGGAAACUUGAAUUCUUUUGAAUUUAUUUUUGUAUCACCCUCUUUGAGGUUUAUUGAUGGAGAAACGGGCAAAGGAGAUGUUGAUGCCUUAAUACGUGUACUUCUUCAAGUUUGAGCUUUUCUUUCUAUCUUUUUAUUGUCCGUGAACAAUGGAUAUUGAUAAAGUUUGUUUUGAUAAAUUCUGUACUGGAUUGGAAAUUAAAUGAAAAUGUUGUUUCAAAUAA